GCUGUUCAAACAGAGAGCGGAGCUAUGAAAGAACCAAAGAACAGAAGUCGAUUCAGGCCUUAAGUCGGUUGCAGGCUCAGUGUCGUGGUUAUGUGAUGAGGAAAAGACUAAGUUUGGUUCGGACUCAGUUUGAGGAGACAGUGCGAGAGAUUGAUGGAGGACUGGAUCACCUGCAGUGGAGAGGAAACAUCAUUCCCAAACCUCACUUCACUGACACUGAAAGCCUUUUGUUGCAGUAUGACCCAUCCAGGUUUCAGUCCCAUGACCGUCUGGAUGAUUCAGAGAGGGAACAGAAAACACAGAAUGAGGGCAGUGAGAAAUCUCUCCCACAGUCUGAAAUCCAGGUACUGGAGAGAGACGAAGCUGCUGAAACAGCCAGAAGAGAUUCUUCCACGCCUGUGGAUGAUAUUGUGGACAAGAGAGGAGAGAAUGUGGUCAUAAAAAACCUGAUGGAUGGUUCUACUAAACUUUGCAGUACCGUGAAUUCAGAUGUCAGCCUCAGCAGCUUAUUUCAGACAGGAACAAAUUUGCAUUCAGUUUUUAAAACCACAGCACACACUCUUGACUCUCUGAAGCAGCAGCGGAGCGCUUUAGCCAUGGAGGUGCUGUGGAUCCAGCAAGCCAUCAGUAGCAGAAAGAAAUAUCUUACCCUCAAACUGAGAAUGGAUGUGCCACACUGAUACUGGACCAGUUCUAAAGUGGACCAACAUUUUAAAAGAUGUUUUCUCAUAAUUUCUGUAUUAAUGUAACAUGUACAGCACAGAAUGUUUGAGAAUUGUCGUAAAUUAUAUUUAUUUAUGAGCUUCUUUUGUCUAUAAAUGGGUUUGUGUUAAAGAAGAUUUAAAUA